UUUGUCAGCCAUAGCUCUCCUUUACUCCCGCUCCAUACCCCCUCUCAGAAGCUAAUAGCAGAUGAUGCUACUAGACUCCUUAUCGGCAUCUUCAGCCUCAGGGGAAUGACGUACACUCCUUCCGAUAUUGGUGAUACAUACCAACCUGAACUACCUGACCUAUGGGAACGAACUCCUUCGCAUGCCCCCACCCCUGGCUACCUAGACCAAGAACACACGCCACCAGUAACAUGCUUUUCGCCCGAUGUCGAGGGCGUAAUUGAUGUACGCUCAUCCUUGCAUGGAUAUCAGUCUAAAAAUGCUGGAUUUCACCCUUUAGAUGGAAGUUUAUGGGACGAACAAUCACCUGACUAUAAUCACUACCAAAUCGAGUGGAGAGUCAGAUUGAAUAAUCGAGUUGCGGUGAAGGAUACAAAAAAAGACCUGACUCGACUGCCUAGCUUCUACUGUGAACAGAUUAAAGAUGGUUCUGGUAAUGUCCUACGACGAACGACAGCCCGUAGCCGACGGCUGAGACUAGAUGACACAGACAUGGUGUUAUCAGUGAACUCCCAACGAGACAUUGACAAAUACUUUGAAGAUACUAAUGUGGAAUGGGCAGCACUACCAGCAUGGGUUCAUCUAUAUCGUCGUGGUAAGAAGAUCCGACUUCAGAUAUCGAUCAAUUAUAUAGAGGAUAGCGGGCCCCUUUCUUCUAGAACAGACAAAAGAGGUAAGUCGUCGGUCACCACGCGUAUGCUGGCCGACCGAGACGCGCAGAUUUAUGCUGAGCAAGCAUCUGGCCAGCAAUCAGUUUGGCGUGAUGUGUAUCGAGUCAUGCGAUGUCCUGGGUCUUUAUGUCGCCAUGAAGGACAAUAUUGCUGGCAAGAUCCGGAGGGGAAGAGACACCACAGAGUGAGGACGCAUCACUUAAAGGCGCUCGCUAAUACGUGGAGCAAGUAG